GUGGAGCGUACAAAGCGUAAUUGCGAGAAGGCUUGACAUCCUACUAUGGUUUCAUUACAGCGUGGCCGACUGCAUUUCAGGAAUUUUCCUCCCUUCCUCCUCGAGCUUUUAAAUUCCGGCAUUUUGAUAAAAUGUAACCAACUGUGAAGUGACAGUCGAAAGCAAAACCACAGCAAGCUAACACGUGUUGUUCGCCCCGCGCACUGGUGUGGCCGUGUUCGUACAACCGCUGCAGAGAUUUCGCUACCACUGAGAGAGCAUUGCCAACGGCCGCUAUCAUGGACCUCAACAGAAUCCCGAGUACAACGCAUGGCCACGAGUUCCACACGGGACUGAGCAGGGUGGUGAUGGUCCGGAAGACGGAGCAGAGGACCUUUGCGUCUGGGAAAAAUGGCGAGGAGCCAAAGUUUGAGACUGUCACCCGAGAAACCGUGGAAACUUACCGAGGAAAUCGACCGGAUCGGGUGACAACUUCGGAGAAACGUGACGUAUUUCAGAAUCUGCCAGAAGAUUUUCGGGUCAUCUUACAGAAAGAACAGAAUGGUAUAACAAAUAAUGUAAUUAGAAAUGGAGUGGUAAAAGAUAAACCAAAAUCCAGGUCACCAAGCUUGUCACCAGAUAGAUCUACUACGGUGAAACAGAAAAGUGAAGGCAGAUUCAGUCUAACCAAAAUAAAAUCAAAGCCAGAUAAUGACACAACAGGUACUGAAGGUGAUUUUGCAGUAGACUGUCUUAAGGCACACAAUGAAUACCGAGAGAAACAUGGAGUCCCACCUUUAAAACUCAACAAAAAACUGUGCAGAUACAGCAAAGAGUGGGCAGAACGACUCACCUCAAGAGGACAUCUAGAACACCGUCAGAAUUCAGACUGUGGAGAGAAUAUCUUCUGCAGUUGGUCUUCCAAUCCGAGCCACCACGUAACAGGACGAGAGCCUGUUGAUAAUUGGUACAGUGAAAUAAAGAACCAUCCUUUCGGUCGUGAACCGAAUAGCCUCAAGUCUGGUCAUUUCAGCCAGGUUGUCUGGCGGGACAGCAAAGAACUAGGAGUUGCAUUUGCAAAAAGUCGCAGUGGGCAAAUAUUUGUCGUAGCAAAUUAUUCUCCACCAGGAAAUUUCAUUGGCAGUUUUGCUGAAAAUGUACCACCUCUUGGUGGAUUUGUUACUUCAAGCCAAAGUAAAAAUGACAUUACAAAGAAGAUGAGCCCGGGAAAUAUAUCUGACGAUGACGCGAACUGCAUCGAAGACGAAUUUGCCGAAGAAGGCGUUCGAAUCCAUAAUGAGUACCGGAGGAAACACGGAGUACCGGAUUUAAAACUCAGCAAGUCGCUCUGUAGUUACGCGAAAGAGUGGGCUAAGAUACUAGCACGGGAAGACAGAUUUGGCCAUCGACCUGAUGGGAAAUACGGAGAGAACAUCUAUUGCAUGUGGUCUUCAGAUCCACAGCAAAGAGUGACCGCCAAGGACGCCUGCCAGAGUUGGUACAGAGAAAUCAAAGAUUUCGCGUUUGGAUCCGAGCCACGCGUACUGAAAUCAGGUCACUUCACCCAAAUGAUCUGGAAAAAUAGCCAGGAACUUGGAAUGGGAUUAGCUAGGAGUAAGAAUGGCAGAGUUCUGAUUGUCGCAAACUAUAACCCAAGAGGAAAUUACAUCGGACAGUUCGCAGUGAAUGUUCCAAGACCGCGCUGAAAUGGCGGUCAUUUAUCGUUUACGUGUUUCAAAACAUCUGUCAGCUGUUCUUAGUUUUUUUUAUAUAUAUAAUUUUAUGCUAAGUGUAUUAUGAAACAUGAUACUUAAUCAUAUAGUCAUUUGUUUACCAAAUAAAUUAAACCGAUUCGUAAGGACUGUUUAGCGCAGAUGAUACAUUUAGUCUACAAUAAUUAGAACUGGUAAAAGAUGGAAGUAUUAUUUAUAAUAAGGAUACGAUGACGGGCUGUUAUGUAAUGUAUCAUGCAGGGUUAUCAUUGACCCCGCAAAUUCUGUGACCUGGCGACAGUUACCAGUUUCAGCUGUUCGCAAUUUCACGCGCAAGUUGAAGUUAAUGUUCAUUUUUACUGUGAAUAUAACAAAACAAAUAUUACAGUAGAUACUGUAAACUAUUUACUACUUAUUAUUUAUAGAUUUUGCGGUAUCGCCAAAAUAGCAUUUCAAAAUGGGUCGAUUGUACGACAUUUUAUAACAAAUCAGAAUUAUUCUGCGUAUACAUUUUUAAGUCUGAUUUAAUAUUAUUUAUAGUAUGAAUCAAAAAUGUUAUAGCAGGUAUUAGAAAUGGUUUCCCCGUAGCCUUUGAAAGAGCUUAAUAUCUUAAUUAUACCUUUUUUUUUUCUUGUGAGAAACAAAGUAUAUUAGCAUUCCUCCAAGCUUACAUUCCCGUAUUUCAUUCCGUAAAAUUGUUAAAUUAUAUUAAUGAAUAUUAAGGUUUUAAGUCAUUCUAAUUUUGUGUUGAAUUCAAGGAAGAAUUGUUUCCAAGUGAAAAUAAUUUGCAAUGAAGCCUAUAAACAGUAAAUUGGUAAGCUACAUUAGGCCUAAUGUACUUAGGAACAUUCUGUUUACGAGUCUCGUCAAAUUUGAAAAAUAAGAUUUCUUGCACAUGAAAAGAAUCUAUCACUGCUGUAAACUCAUAAAAUGGAUAACUUUUAAGGAAUUUCCACACGUAAUUGCCUUAUAAGGUAAAGUAAAUUAUGAUCUUUUACAGACUUUACAAUAUAAAUUUCGUAAAUUUGGAUGUUCACCGUAUCAGUACAUUCCCCGCUUUGUCGCAACCAGUGGGAAAUUCUGGGUUCCCUCUAUGGGUCUUUGGUAGCUGAAAUCAAUCUCAAAACUCUGCCGAAACCAGUCGCAACAGAAAAGAAUUGCCACGUACUUAAUGCGGAGUCAAGAACAGACUUUACCAGACAUUCUGUGAUAUUAUUAAGACUGAAGAAAACUGCGUAAGACUCAGGAAGAUUCAUAUUGCGAUAUUUAUUAAGGACGUCCGCAUUUUUGCACAAACUGACGUCUGGUCUUAAUCUGGGCUUUACUGUAAAAUGCACAGAUUUCCUUUCUACUGUGGUCUUCUCGUAAACAAAAUAAAUAAAAUAAUAUAUCCCUUGAAUCUUGGCGGUGGAAAAUGAAGAUCCUUUAGAAUUGAAUUAAUACUAUGGAAAAUUUUAGUGGUCUUAUCGCCGAUUCAAAUCUGUAUUGGGCUGUCAAAAAUAGACUAAUGGCUGAGAGGCUUAAGUCUGGCGUAGGAUAAAAGAACAUUUAAAAUGGAACGAAAGAAAUCAGAUGGCACUAGUGUCAUUUAUAGUGUUAAUAGUUUGUUUGAUUAUUCUAUAUUCUGAUGCACUACAAGCUAUGCAAAGUUUUAAGAUUAAUAAAUGUUUAGUUUUUGUGAUUUGAAUGAACACGCUUUUAGUUUCUUCAAACUAUAUUUUUAAGUUCAUUAAUGAGGAAAUAACUGGAGACAAAUCUUUGCCGAUAGGUUGUGUAAUUACACUAUUAACUUGCGUGAUUAUAUGAAGUUGGAAAAUAGAAAAUCCCAAAUAUCAGAUACAAUAAACUCUUCCCAAUAGCGGGUUUUUCAAUAUACUAUCCUAUAAACACGUAACUUUCACUCAUAUCCAUAUGUUUUUACAUGUUUAAUUGGUGGUGAACGGAAAAGCUUCUCAAUUUAUGGCAUAUUAUUUUUAUAUAUUUGAACAGUGAUCAUUUAUUUCAGGAAAUUAUUUAGCAAAAUGCAGUACGCACAUGUAUCUAACAAUCUUUAAUAUAUUCCUGUCAAAUGGGGUCUCGUGUGGACCUUUGAUUAAUCUUAUACCUUACUUAGUAAGGGAUUAAAUGCACGGCUCAGAAACCUCUCCUACAGGAUAUAGGUUCAUGGCGGCAGCUACUGGCCUACAACUGCAAGCCUGAUGGUUAAUUUCCAUUUUGGUCUAAGAUACCAGUGUGUUUUUGAAUUCACAAAUUUCAUUCCUACACGAAAAAUUCACAAAUACCGUUCCUACACGAAACAUGCCAUGCUGUAAGUCAGUUUUAUAAAUUUACGAUUCUACAAAUUAAACCAGUUUGAAUGAGUAUUGCAGAAAACACUUUUCACUUGUUGGAAUAUUAUAGUCUGAUUUCUGACUAAAACAUUCCACAUUUGUUAACCUUUUAAAGCUCGGUGGUAAUUAUAUGUACCACCUGCUUUAACAAUCAGUAACUCUGCAUUUUGUAUUCAUGAGUUUGGUAUGAAUUUUAAUGGUUUAAGUUUAUUUUUGUAAUAGAGAAAUGUUGUGUUUUCUUUGAGGUGGAGACUGAAUUCUUAAAUAAUAUUCAGAUGAGUUUAGGCUUCAAUGGUUUAACAGACGUCCAACAUAAAUAUAAAUUACGAUUAAAUAUUUUGUACAUUUUAAAUGCAGGCACGAAUAUCUCGGGCAACUGAUAGAGAAACACAACAUUGUUAGCAGUAAUAACGGAAUUUACAGUGCAUAUUACAUGAACUGAAGUGGAAAUUAACAUUUAUAAAUAGUAUUUGGUAAACAGAGGCAUCACAGAGUCAUUUAUACUUUUUCAUGUCAAAGUGAAAAAUCUAUCAUUUUCAUGUUAUAAAAGGAAGUUAGCUCUGAAUGCAAAAAAUAUCUAGUAUUGGCACUACAGAUUCUGUAAUACUUCGACUACAGACAUUUUGUUUGUGAAAAGUUUGUCAGACGAUGAUUUUAAUACAAUACCUAGCAAGGUUUUGUUCUACGUAAUAUUUAAUCCGUCACAGCCCAAAAUAUUUUGUCUUAAUAACAGAAAAUUUUCUUAGCUGUUACGUUAACUUGGAACUGAGUUCUUAUGUACUUACUUAGCUUAUAAAAUUAUCGAAAAUAUUACCAACUUCAGUCUGAAACAUGGAGAUAAGAUUUUUCUGUCUAGUAUCGCGGGGAAGUCAUAGGCAUAGGUGGGAGGAUAAUAUUAAGACGAACCUUACGGAGACAGGAAUCGAUGCAGGUAGCUCAGGAUAGAUUCCACUGGUGGGAUUUUGUGAACAUGGUGAUGAACCUCAGGGUUCCAUAAAGAAAGUGUGAUAUUCUUUGACAAGCUGAGUAUACAAUCGUCUUUUCAAAAAUUUCCUGUACCUUAGAGCGAGUGAGUAUUUCAACGUAUGUUCUUUGGAAUAAAAGUAAGUGUUUUGAAAAAUUAAUUAAACAAUACGUUUUCCGUGUACAAAUUGAAAAAUAAGAUCCUCGUGUAAUUUUAACCUGCACCGUGAGUAUAAAACGUACAUCAAAUUGUGUACGUAGUUUCUUUAAAGAAUAUUUCGUUUAAGUUCAGUUAAAAUUUCAUCUCAGUUUCCACAUAAAGUUUUUCCAGUCUUGAUGUCAGUCCGGAGUCGCAACGUAUGAAACACGCUGAACAUUUUUCUUAGAAGGAAGAUGUGAAAUAUUCUUGAUUAUGUCUGGGAAAGUCUGGCUGUUCAGCUUUUGUAUAUGAGUUUUCAGUCUCAAUCUUGGGCGAUCAGCCCCGUCAAAUGGUUUAAGUCCGCUGUUGCUACUGGUUAUAAUAUAUUUUGAGACUUGUCUUAUAUAUAAGAAUUAAUGAAGAGAUGGUUUUGUUAGGCUCUCGAAGUUUUAUACAUACUUCAAGCUGAACUUAGAAUAUUCAACCAAUCCAAUUUUAAUAAACUCGUCACUUCUAACAUUGUAAUUAUUUCUGUUGUAACGUAACACUAAAUAUCUUUUACAAAUUAAAUGUUUGAAUCUGGAAUUGCAAUCUGCUCAAAAUUCCAGCAAAGAUGUACCUGAUAAAUUUCCAAAGUUUUGAAAUGACUGUAAGUAAAAUGUAAGAAAAAUGAUAUAGUUAAGCAUUUAAGAAUAUGAAAGUCACGUUAAUAUACAACAAAUAUAAUAAGCUCUUAGGUACAUUUAAGAAUAAUGAUUUAAAUAUGACCUUCUCCGUUCUGUGUCUCAGUGCACGUAAGAAGUUUGCUGACUGACAUCUGAUUUUAAUGUCGUCAGUCACAAAUUAAUUUCCAAAUCACGUAAAAGCCGACAGAACCACGUACAUUAUCAUAUUUCAGAAGAAAAAAUGCCCUAAGCUAAUAAAAUGUGUUUGCUCAUACGGUAAGAAAAUUUAUAUUACAUAGACUGACGUUCUGUAAUAUGUAAUAUGAUUGUAGUUACCAUUGGUAGAAAUUCGUAGUAUUUGUAUAAGAUAUGCUAUGUAUUAUGUACUCUAUGUUUCUUUUGAAAUACACGUCUUGUUAUGUAGAUUCGUUGAAUAUUAAAAUGAUGAAAAGAAUAUUUCAUAUUAUUAA